AUGAACACAACAAAUAGGGAUUUGAAAAAGAAAAAUUUAUGGGACGGUCACGAUGUGAACUUACAAAACGGCGAUACGAGCCGCAACACGUGUAGCAACAAUAGUGGCAGUAAUGGGAAGAAGACGAAGAAGAAUGAUAGGUCGAAUUUCAUGGCCAAUGAAUACAAGGACACCUUCCACGUGGAGGAUCUUCCUAGGAGUAAUAAUAACGUGAAUAUAUAUUAUGGCAAUGAGGAAGACGUCAUUGACAGCGCCAUCAACAAGGACGAUGACAUUUUUGGGAGUGGAGGAAACAAUUUCCUGAAUAAGAAUUUAACAACGGUUAAUUUGAGUGACAUGAAAAGGGGAGGAGGGCCCCCCCAAGGUAUAAGCAAUUCAAAUGGAAUAUCCAAUUUUGAUGGCAGUUUUAGUGUAGCGGCAUAUAACGAAUAUAACCUAAACAACAACACGGGUAGUCCCCUUAACUUUUCGACUACCCAGGGUGUAGCUAAUCAAAUGAUAAUCGGCGCGGACGAGAGCGGAAAUGGAAGAUACCAAAGCAACAACGGCGGCAUGUACCACCAGAGGGGCCCCCUCGAACAAAAAUUCAAUGCCGGAGAAGUGCACGAAAUGAACUUCAGAAACAUCCCGAGCGGAAAAAUGAACAUAAUUAAUCUAAGCGAUAACGAAAAUGAUGACGAUUGGGGGGUUGAAACUGCCUCGAGAAGCAGCCUUGAGGGCGAAGGAAACAACUCGUUCGACCUGUUCCCCUUUUUUAAAAGUCUGAACCGAGUUAGAACAAAGCUGUUGUGUUAUUACGACGUGGACAGCGACGUGAUCAUAUACAGGUGCAUGUGCGCGCUGCUGCCUUACCUGAACGUGGACAAGUCGUACGAUUCCAUGGACGGCUUGGACGACAUUGAGAAGAACGCGAGAGAGGCGAGCGCCGGGCGCAGCCGCAAGGACAAGCGCAAUGGAAAAAGUGGCGGCAAAAGUGGCGGUAAAAGUGGCGGUAAAAGUGGCAGCAAAAGUGACGACAAAAAUUACGGCUUCAAUAACGGCUUCAAUAACGGCAUCGAUAACGGUGUUGCCAGCGCGGACGAAAACGAAGUCGACGACGAGAACGCGAAUAUAAGAAAAAUCAGCAACGUGAAUGACGCCUUCGACUACUAUGACAACAAGCUGAGCAUAGAAAGGAACCCAGACCUGUAUGGCUUUGUAUGGGUGAACAUCUUCAUUUCCUUCACCAUUUUUUUUCUUUUUAAUUGGAAAAAUAUCUUUUUCGGUGACUCCUCCGAUGUCGAUUUUACCUCCCCAGGUGGCACCAUCUCGAGUAGCGAAGAAAUAAACAACCAAACGUACAUCACCCAGAACAAGUUAAACAUUCUCUACACCACUUUAUUUUUUUUAUAUCUUUUCAAUACGCAGACCCCUUUAUCAUUAUACAUCACAAAUUUCAUUGUCACGAAAAGGACGUUUCCAAUCAGGAUGUCCUUUCUCAUU